CUUAGCGCUGCUCAGUUGUCUCCUUUCUACCGGGAGGCAAAGAUUUGCUGCUUUGUGAAAACUGUGAAGCCAGCCAGCCAGCCAACGUUUGAUGCAAUAUUUGCACACGUCUUGGAUGCCGGAUUUUGUGUGGAAUUUUGCUACUUUCACCUGCUGAUGCAAGAAGAAAAUGCCCUUUAAAUGUUUUCAAAAGCGUUCCCUUAACAAAUCCGGGCUUUCGGAUUCCUUAAAUGGCCAGCGCUGGCGUUUCCUGAAAAAUGGCUUGGACGAUUUCAGGAGCGGCUUCCCUCCUCCUUGUGACAACAUUGUCAUCCAACGCCCAAAGGAGCUCACCCCUAUUAUUCUCCCUAGUAAACCUGAGGACCCGGGCAAAAUGCAACAGAGGGCCAAAAGGAUGCUAACCAAGCCCCAGACGAAGACCUCCAAAAUCAGCCCAAAUCUGCAAGCCAGAAGGGACUACAUUGCUCAGAUUGAGUAUUGCCUUAGCCAGCACCCCUUAGCACUCUACCCUCACCUGGAAGAAAGCAUCCCCCCAGAGCUUUUCAAGGAAGUUCUAAGCAUCCUGGACCCAGAGAUGCUUCCGAUGAAUGAAGACGUUGUUGCUGAUGCUGACAUUACACAGGAGCACCCAGUUCCCUCUGCAGUUCCGUCUCGGUUGGAGGACAAAAGAAAGAAGCAAUCGCGGGCCAAGCUCAUUGGCUGCAAGGAUCCCAAAGGCAAGGACCCUUACAAGUGGUUCACUAAAACGGAAAUAGCAGCAAGAGAGAGGGAGGCCAGGAUGAAUUAUGUUCCUUCCCUCGGUGAGAAUGUGAAACAAGCUGCGAAGGAGUUCUGCAGGUGGUUUGAUUCUCUGGGUGGAGAGAAAUAUGACAUUGAUGAAGCCACCAUUAUAAGCCUCUUUGAUACAAAUUUCAAGACCAAGCCCCCGUUGUCUGGUCCGAUAUACGUUGAGGAGCUGAACUAUUUACCCGCUGAGUUGCGGAAGUAUGUAGGGAUGCCAUCUCCCCAGGCUACCCUGAAAAGCGAUGCUCAGCAAGGUAGCCAUUCCAAGGGAUCUUGUCAAUCCAAGUCUGAGAAGACCAGGUAUGGUGCCUGGUACCUGGACCCAAAGAGUUGGAAGAAACAGAAACCUUUAGAAGAUCCAAAAGCAAAAGACAGAAGCUCCAGGAAUUCAAAGAGAGCAUUGGGUGAAAAGGAUAUGGAUAUCCUGCAGCUUCAUGGAACGUAUGCUUUUAAGGAAUUCCUUGAAGGAAAAGGCUACCGGAUCCCAGAUGUAAGGCUUGAACACACACGUUUAUUAUCAGUGAUCAAUAGCAAGUUCGGUUGCUCGCUUUCUAUAUAUCGAGGCAUUGUUUUGGAGGCCAGAAAAAUGCUUCUGGAAACCAGUCCCUGGGAAUCCCAAGUCAGGACAGCAGUAUUUAUAUUGUGUUCAUUAAAUUCGUAUACCGCCCUUCAUCCAUAGAUCUCAGGGCGGUUCACAACAUAAAACUACAAUCUGAAAAACGCAAAAUACGUAAUAAUUUCAAAAAUUGUGCUCAUCUCCUGCCUGAGGGCUUCUCAUAAGCAUCUGGUUCCAUACUGGGAGAACAGGAUGUUGGAACGGAUGAGAUUUGGGUCCAGCAGAGCUCUUCCUUAUGAGGAAGAGGGCCUCAUCAUGAGUCGGACCUUUGGUCCAUCUAACUCAGUAUUGUUGACAUCAGGGCAGCCUCCAGAUGUUGAUGAACUCCAGUUCCCACCAUCCCUGACCAUUAGCCAUGCUGGCUGGCUCUGCUGGGAAUUGUAUUCUGGGGUGCAACAUGUUGGCACUUGCUGGUCUAUACUUAGCAGAAGUGCCAACGUGGCCCCAUGACCAUGGGUGCUAUGCAGCAUGCAUGGCCCAGGCACUGAAAUUUGUGGGUGCCCGGAUCCUUCAUGGGGAAUUUUGUGGGUGCUCGGGCACCCAGAGCCCCAGGGAGUCGGAACCUAUGGCUCUUAGGGUUUUCAAAGGGCGGAGGAGAUACCACAUUGGAUUAGAGCAGGUGUUUCUCAAACUUGGGUCCCCAGCUGGUGUUCGACUACAACUCCCAUCACCCCGACCACUGGUUCGGCCAAGGGUGAUGGGAGUUGUAGUCCAACAACAGCUGC